AUGGAAGAAGAGGUCAGAGAAAGGUUGAACAGCCUCCUGGCAUGCGUGGGAAAGAACGAGAUUGUACAGGGCCUUGAACUUGCGAAGCAACUGCAGAAGGACCCCGGCAACAUUCCUCUGCGAUUGUGGAACGCCAAGGAAAGCUCCCUGUUCCCUUUGACGACCAUAGCAAGUCUGGUCGAGUUCGUGGCUGAGCACAUAAGGACGGAGAUUUGGGAUGGGGAUCGCCUAUCACUCGUUCUCAUCCUCCUCCGCUUCCUGGGCUCUUGGCUGGAAUCCCUCAACCUCUAUCUCCGACAGCACCCUGCUGCUAAUCUCACCAAGCAAGUCAGCGGUCAGAUAUCGACGCCUUCUACGUUGCCGGUUCUUCUAGAAAAGAGGUCUUCCUGCCUGGUGACCUUCGUCUGUUCCUGCACAGAAGGCUCGGAGUGCGCGGAAUGCUUGGAGGCGUAUAUGGAUGCAAUGGAAACAGCAGGAAGUGAUGGCGGAUCCCCAUCGCGGGAGGGAGUGAGCGCGUUCUUUAAAGGUACGAGGUGGGAGAGUUUGUGGGCAGCGGUGUUCACAUCGGGUGAAGGGUGUGGCACUAUCAUCGCCUCCUUGAAAGAGCCUCGACGUUUUGCAUCGUCGAUGCUGAGAAAGUUUACGAUGCUGUCAAGAAACAAGAUCGAUCAAUGCAAGCAGAUGCAGGCUGAACAGCUGACAAGUCCAAUCAAGGAUGAACAAGUCGAUGAGCGGAACUUAUACUCGCUGGCUGACUGGAGGCUUCUGGCGUCUACGUUUGAGAACAUGUUACAAGUCGGUCCUCUGCCAAAAAGAAACGAGAAGAUUCAGAUGAAAGAAAAAAUGCAGUGGUAUUCACUGCUAACUGACAACCUGACGGAUUUCUCGUCACCCGGCACAUCUCCUGACUCACUCACCCUCGUGACCCAUUCUUGGUUGCAAGCUGCUGCCUUGAGAUGCUUCUGGCGAACCCCGAUGCUGUUUCAGAAGGUGAAGAUGAAAAAGAUGGCAGUGAUGAUGAUGAACAGCCUGAGAUUGUCGCUCACUGAGAUGGAUGAAUUUGCAAAGAGGAAGAUGGGAGGAGGAAAGGAUGACAUCUGUGAAUGGAUCCUCCUACCUCCCGCAUUCCAUCACGCCAUGAGCUCGCUGGGCAAUGCGCAAGCGUUUGAGAGGGGAGCUAGUCUCUUCCUCGCAGCUGAAGGAGCAGUGAGAAAGAAAGAAACGACGGAAGGAGAGCAGGCAGGUGAAGAUGUAGAGGGCAAAUCACAGCGAGACAUCGAGACGCUUGCAAGCUCCUGCCCCACCUGUUGUCAUCUUGCCAAGUCCCUUAUGAGCCUGAAAGCCGCUGACGGCAGCGGAGGGCAGGAGACGGAACAUGCGGCCACUUCCAAGAGGAUGGAACAUGCUGAUAGAGUCGGACAGUGCGGCUGGAUGACGACGUGGAUGAUGUCGACAAACAUUCAUGUCGAUCCCUCAACGCUGUGCGACGCGAUGGAGCGGCUGCACCUGUAUGACGUGCUCCCGCUGAACUCGUCCAAGAACCUGGCGAAGUUUGCUGUCUCAAAGAUGUUUCUCGGUGCAAGAAAGGAGGGAGCAGGCGGAAUAGGAAACAAGACCUCUCAGUCCUUGACGCUGCUCAGGGAAAGAUUGGCAAAGAAAUCAGAGGCCUUUCCUCCUCUUCAACAUCACGGGCUGAUCGCCUCCUGGAAAGAGGAAUGCAUCAUCAUCACCAAUCAUAGAGCAAGCUUCGUUGACGAGGAGGAUGAUGGAUCGCCUCUGCCAGCAUGGGAGGAUCGCACCCCCGCCCAUGGUCCCCUGCUGCAAGGAGAGCAAGGCGGGGGAGAAACAGAGCAACAAGGGACUGCAUGGAGCAUUGCGACUCCGGGCAGCGGCGAGGAGACGCCGAGGCUGUCAGUCAGCACACCUACCAUGGACCAGUUCAACGAUUUGUUCCUCAAGCUCUUUCGCAAGGACUCGAGACUUUCUCCCACACUGUUGAGAAUCUUUCCAACCUAUUGGGAGAUCGCUCUCAAUUGUCACCCAAAGAUCAUCAACUUGCGGAUACUGAUGGCUGCUGUAGUGAUCUUGGCAAAGAAGACAAGGGUGAAAGAAGAUGAGGAGGGCAGUAACGCGAGCAGGUCUUUCGAGCUAGCAAAGCUCGCGGCAGCACUGCUUCCGGCAAGAUGUCAAGGGUGGUGA